AAGACAUUUACACAUGCGCAUGUCCAAGUCUAACAGUGCACGUCGCAACUAGCCAUCUGCCACCUGCCACCUGCCAAUAUACAUGUACGUUGAUAGAUUGCGUUACUUCCAUACGUACUUGUAUCUAAAAUCAUCCAAAGAUUUUACCUAGCCAUACGGAUUUAUGUACACUUAGGUAUUCAUAAACCCGAAAACUACCAAGAUUUAUUACCAUGGCGUUUUCUUCGCGCACGCUACCGAACCAUAUACGUCAAACCUCCUCCACGUCGGGCAAUCCUAGUGCUCAGUCCGCAGGACAGUCAAGCGCACUUCUCGCCCGAGUCAAUGAGAAAAAGGCUGAACUAGAAAACCUAAAGGAACUGCGAGAACUAAGCGCGGCGGUAGCAAAUCAGAUGGAAGCUCUCGAGGAGAAGCUUGCUACUCUCUCGGAUGGAACAGAAGCCAUCGCAACAGUGCUAGGAAACUGGCAUAACGUACUACGAGCUAUCAACAUGGCAUCAGCCAAGGUGCCCAGUCCGAAAAAUGCAGAGGAGACUACAUCCAAAGCCCAGGAUGAUACCUUACCUCUGCCGCAGACUCUAGUCCGUAUACCAACGGAACAUGCGCCGGCACUACAAGCCCAAACAGAGGGGAUUAUGGAGAAUGAGCAUAACUCAUCCUCGGUUUCUUGAAGUCAAGCAGCCAAAGAGAUCAAUUCACCCCACUAGAUAAUGGGAUAUAUGGGGGACACGGCACAUGCUAUUAGCUGUUCGGUGAAGCCGUGUAAUGAUGGCUGACUGGAGCACUUGGAUAUAUCUGCGAUUCCAUGUGGUUUAUGUUUAUAGGACCAGCAGUUGCAUGAGUGAGGAUUUAAAGCCCAACGGCUGUGGCACCCGUGCAGUAAGUCUAUAUGGAGAUACAUGAGGUAGGUAGGUAUGGAUGGAUGCAGCUCCUGCAGGGAAUCCCCACGAAAUGAAAGUGGGGGGGAUGGAAUUCGCGUGCAGAUCCGCGUCAGAUCGCGUUUCUUAGUCAGCUUUUAUCCAGGGAAAGCAAAGAAGGGAAGAGAAAAAAGGCAUCUGACGUAGGUUACUGCUAUUUAGGUAAUUACCUCCUAACCUACCUGUAAUUACACUACACCUCGACGAUAGCUGGUAGCUAGUAUCUACAGGUAUAUGCAGUAACCGAUAGCGCUUGCUUCUGUUAAAUGAUCAAGCUACCUACAUAGUAGUUGCAAUUAAAUAAAGUUUUCUAGGUAA